CUGUGGAUUUAGGGGAGAUAUUAUGAGGCUGUUGUCAUUAGGGCGACUGCUGUUGAAUCACUGAAUUCCGACUCGGCGGCGGCGCGGGGCCGAGUGUGUGAGUGCGUGUGCGUGUGUGUGUGCGUGAGUGCGUGUGCCCGAGUGCGUGUGACCGCGUGUACCCGAGUGCGUGUGCCCCCGUGCCUCUAUGUGGCUGUGUGUGCGUGUGCGGGUGUGGAUGCUUGCGCGGUGCGUGUGCCCUUUCUUCCCUUCUUCCUCCCUUUCUUUCUUUUCUCCUUGAUUUAUCUCCCCCUCUCCCCGGUCAUCCCAUGGUGUUCAGGUCCCCGCUAGAGCUUUAUCCCACCCAUUUCUUCUUGCCAAACUUCGCCGCCGACCCGCACCACCGCUCCCUCCUUCUAGCCAGCGGCGGCGGCGGCGGCAGCGGCAACGGCUCGGGCUGCAGCCCCGGUGCCGGCGGCGGUGGAGGCGGCAGCUCCCGCGCAUCCCACGAAGAGUUGUCAAUGUUUCAGCUGCCCACACUCAACUUCUCCCCGGAGCAAGUGGCCAGCGUCUGCGAGACGCUGGAGGAGACUGGAGACAUAGAGAGGCUGGGGAGGUUCCUCUGGUCGCUGCCGGUGGCGCCGGGGGCAUGCGAGGCCAUCAACAAGCACGAGUCCAUUCUCCGUGCCCGGGCGGUGGUGGCCUUCCACACGGGCAACUUCCGAGACCUCUACCACAUCCUGGAGAACCACAAAUUCACCAAGGAGUCGCACGGCAAAUUGCAGGCUAUGUGGCUCGAAGCGCACUACCAGGAGGCCGAGAAGCUAAGGGGUCGCCCGCUGGGGCCGGUUGAUAAAUAUAGGGUGAGGAAGAAGUUUCCACUGCCCAGGACCAUUUGGGAUGGCGAGCAGAAGACGCACUGCUUCAAAGAGAGGACUCGCAGUCUCCUGAGGGAGUGGUACCUGCAGGACCCUUACCCCAACCCCAGCAAGAAAAGGGAACUGGCUCAGGCCACGGGGCUCACCCCCACGCAAGUAGGCAACUGGUUUAAAAACCGAAGGCAAAGAGACAGAGCAGCGGCGGCUAAAAACAGGCUCCAGCACCAGGCGAUAGGACAGAGCGGCAUGCGGUCGCUGGCAGAGCCCGGGUGCCCAACACACAGCUCGGCCGAGUCUCCGUCCACGGCGGCCAGUCCGACCACCAGCGUCUCCAGUUUGACAGAAAGAGCCGAGACGGGCACCUCCAUCCUCUCGGUAACCUCCAGCGACUCGGAAUGUGAUGUAUGAUAUCGGAAAACAAACAAACAAAAAAAUCCAAAUCCAAACAGCCAAGCACCCUUUCCCCGACCCGAACAAAACAAACCGAGGCAACCUAGAAUCGGGACACACAACCGCAUGCACGCAUACACACAGGAAGAGAGAAAAGGCCAAACCCGACCCAAACAUAAUAGCAAACAAACAGACAGGGAUCAGAGUAUCUACCACCACCACCGUCAGCCAACACCACCACCAAGAGAUGGAGCUAAAACUUCAACAGUCACAAACGCUGGUGCUGUAGAUGGGGUGGGGGUGGGGAAAUAAUUAUUAUAUAUAUAAAAAGAAAAGAAAAGAAAAAAACAAACAAAACAAAGCAAAAGUGGCAAUUGUAUUCUUUUUAGGACAAGCACGAUUUCUCCUUUGCGCUUUUCCAUGGACGCAUUUCACCCACUUGCAUGAUGAUGAUGAUUAAAUUUGUAUCUGGGAAAAAAUAUUCUCUAUAGUAAAGAAAAACAGAAACCAGACAAACAAAUGCAAACUCCGAUCGAAUUUGUACAAAAAGCAAAAAUUAAAAAAAAAAUUAAAAAGGAACUCCUUGAAGAGGGAAAUAACAGAUGUUUAUCGCCUUUUUGUUGGUCCAGUUUCUCUCUCUUUCUUUCUCCCUCUCCCUUUCUCUCUGUUUUGUUUUGUUUCUUUUUUAAGUCCAAAUGAUGGUCCAGCCAAGAUGCAAUUUUCUGUUUUUUUGUUCAGCUGACAAUCAUUUUAUUCGUAAGCACCUUUUUUUCUACACUUCUGUCACUGCCUGUGUGGGUACUGGUUAUAAAUGUGGAAAAAGAAUAGUUAUGACUGUAACAGAUUUUUAUUUUUAUUUCAAAAUUUUAUAUGAAUUAUGUAUAUCUUAAUGAUGCGAUCAUUUUCCCAGUUUGUAAUAUAUGUGUAGAAAUGCUUGUAUAUGAUAUUUGCUCUACUCUUUCUUCUUCCCCCCCCCCCCCCCCCCCCCUUCUCUAGCUCACUCCCACCUUUUCUCUCUCUCCUUUUUAUUUUCCUUGACUCGGUGUUCCUUGAACAAACUUAGCUGUCAAGAUUUGACGUGCUAGGUUUUCAAAAGGGACCUCAGCGAUAGAAAGAAAAAAAAAAAAAGGAAAAAAAAAAGCACACACACGAAAUAACAACAACAACAACAUCAAAACACACACACACAAACCCAAAACAAACAAACAAAACCACCAACAACAAAAGCUUAGGGUGCAACUGUAGUUAUCUUAUGCAAAAGCUAUUUUGAGUAUUUCAUAGCAGCUUUGGGGGGGGCUCUUCUUAAACUCCACGUAGGACGCUUAAACUAUUGUUUCCUUAACUGCGUGUUUAUCUAUAUGUAAAAACUUUCUAAAUCAAAUACAGUAUUCCAUUUUCUUAUCUA